AUGAAGCUCUACAUGUUGGCCAUCGUCCCUGCGUUGGUCCUCUCGGACACUUCGUACAAAGCGACGGUCUCCCUGUAUCAGGACACAGCGUGCCAGACGCCCGUCGUAGGAUCUGGCAAUACCGUUGUCGACGGCGACACUUGCGACACGGGGCCGUUUGAAACGGGUUGGUCGUCCGCUCAGGUCGUCAAUGCUGCAGAUCUGCCCUCGGAGGGUACGAUCACGUUCUACACCAAGAACAACUGUGGCUGCCCCAGCUGUGGCUCCCAUGGCUACGCCGCCCAGGACAGUGGCUGUUUGACGGAUUUCGGAUUCUCCGCCAACGCUGUCGGUUUCGAUGCGGCUCCAGUAUAG